CUGAAAGAUACAGCGUCGGAAAAUCCUCUCGGUCUUGUCGCGAGCACUGCGCUCAUCCCGUCACGAUGAAGUUCUUCAUUGAUGAUCUUCCCGUGCUCUUCCCUUAUCCUCGCAUCUAUCCCGAACAGUAUGCCUACAUGUGCGAUCUCAAGAAGACCCUCGAUGCCGGGGGUCACUGUGUCCUCGAGAUGCCUUCGGGUACCGGAAAGACGGUCUCGCUGCUAUCGUUGAUUGUGGCGUAUCAGCAACAUUAUCCCGAACAUAGAAAGCUCAUCUAUUGCUCUCGAACAAUGUCUGAGAUCGAGAAAGCGCUGGCGGAGUUGAAGGCCCUCAUGAGCUUCCGUGCUAAAGAGCUUGGCUACACCGAAGAUUUUCGCGCGCUCGGACUGACCAGUCGAAAGAACCUGUGUCUCCAUCCCUCAGUCAAGCGAGAAAAGAGUGGCACAGUGGUGGAUGCGAGGUGUCGGAGUCUAACUGCGGGGUUUGUCAAGGAAAAGAAGGAACGAGGUGAAGAUGUUGAACUGUGCGUAUAUCACGAGAACCUCGACUUACUCGAACCGCACAACCUCGUACCUCCCGGCGUCUUCACCCUUGAUGGGUUGAGCAGGUAUGGCGAGGAGCACAAACAAUGCCCAUACUUUUCAGCCCGUCGUAUGAUGCCCUUCUGCAACGUCAUCAUAUAUUCCUACCACUACCUCCUCGAUCCAAAGAUCGCCGAAAGAGUAUCCAAGGAGCUUUCCAAAGACUGCAUAGUUGUUUUCGAUGAGGCACACAACAUCGACAACGUCUGCAUUGAGUCUCUGAGCAUCGACUUGACCGAAGAUUCUUUACGGAAGGCCACACGCGGCGCGAACAACCUCGAACGCAAAAUCAGCGAGAUGAAAAGCUCAGAUGCUGAGAAGCUUCAAAAUGAAUACACGAAGCUGGUUGAAGGACUCCGGGAGGCAGAACAAGCUAGAGAGGAGGAUCAAUUCAUCUCAAACCCAGUCCUUCCAGACGAUUUGCUCAAGGAAGCUGUACCGGGAAAUAUUCGUCGCGCCGAACACUUUGUCACUUUCCUCAAACGCUUCAUUGAAUAUUUGAAGACUCGUAUGAAGGUUACACACACUAUCUCCGAAACCCCUUUAUCGUUCUUGACACACGUCAAGGACCUCACAUAUAUCGAGCGCAAGCCCUUGCGAUUCUGCGCCGAGCGGCUUACAUCACUCGUGCGCACCCUCGAACUCAUCAACAUAGAGGACUACCAACCACUCCAAGAGGUCGCGACCUUCGCUACCUUGGUAGCCACAUACGAGAAGGGUUUCCUUCUGAUCUUAGAGCCGUUCGAGUCGGAAGCAGCCACAGUACCCAACCCAGUGCUGCAUUUCACAUGUUUGGAUGCCGCUAUAGCGAUCAAACCCGUCUUCGACCGAUUCAGCUCCGUCAUCAUCACAUCCGGUACCCUGUCACCCCUCGAAAUGUACCCUAAGAUGCUAGGCUUCGACACCGUUCUGCAGGAGUCGUACAGCAUGACCCUUGCACGUCGGUCUUUUCUACCCAUGAUCGUCACCCGCGGAUCCGACCAAGCCCAGAUUUCGUCCUCAUUCCAGAUCCGCAAUGAUCCCGGUGUCGUGCGCAAUUAUGGAAACAUGGUUCUGGAGUUUGCUCGCAUCACCCCGGACGGCAUUGUCGUCUUCUUCCCAUCUUAUCUCUACAUGGAAUCCAUCAUUAGCAUGUGGCAGGGCAUGGGCAUCUUGGAUUCCAUCUGGAAUUACAAACUGAUCCUUGUCGAGACCCCCGAUGCGCAAGAGUCAUCGCUAGCUCUGGAGACCUACCGCACGGCCUGCUGCAACGGCCGUGGGGCCCUCCUUUUCUGCGUCGCUCGAGGCAAAGUCUCCGAGGGUAUCGAUUUCGAUCACCACUACGGCCGCGCGGUGAUCAACAUCGGCGUGCCGUUCCAGUACACCGAGUCCCGCAUCCUGAAGGCCCGCCUCGAGUUCCUCCGCGAGAACUACCGCAUCCGGGAGAACGACUUCCUCUCCUUCGACGCCAUGCGGCACGCCGCCCAGUGCCUGGGUCGUGUGCUGCGUGGUAAGGACGACUACGGAGUCAUGGUCCUGGCAGAUCGCCGCUUCCAGAAGAAGCGCAAUCAGCUCCCCAAGUGGAUCAGUCAGGCCAUGCUGGAAAGCGAGACCAACCUCAGCACAGACAUGGCCGUCGCGACCGCCAAGAACUUCCUGCGGACCAUGGCUCAGCCGUUCAAGGCCCGCGACCAAGAAGGAAUUUCGACGUGGAGCAUAGCCGACUUGGAGAAGCACCGUGAAAAGCAGGUGUUGGAGGAGGAGCGGCUGCGGCGAGAGGAAGAGCGCGCCAAUGCGCAUGCAGCAAAUGGCGCUCAUUAUGGUGGUGGCGGCGGUGCCGCCAUACCACCAGACGAUGAGUUCGAUGAUGAUAUUGAUGAAGACCUGAUGAUGUUGGAUGCUCAGUGAUUAUUCCUGCGGGCGCAUCUAGGGGGGGGGUCUCUUUAACUCCCUCUCACCCUCGAUCUUAUGCUCAUAUUGGCGAUCUUUUGUUUACGACCUUUUAUUUUCGGCUCAGAAAAAUGCUUGCAUAGAUUGCAUGAUACCACGGAUGGAAUCGGUGUUGAAGGGUCGAUGAAUGUAUAGUUACAAUACAGCGCAAUGAUUCUGCAAAAAUGGAGAAAAAUCUUAAAGAUCUGUGUUUCGGCCUUAUGCUUUUCCUGAUCAAAGAUUCAUACUCU